CUUCACUGUAUCAAGUGAACCUCUUGUGUUCUCUCCCUGAAGUUGUCUACUUCUCUCAUUGCAUCAAAGCGAACCAAGGCGCAUCAAAACUAUGCGCCUCCUGGGAAGCUUCGCUCUUUUGGCUGUACCCCUCUUUGGGAAAACCAGUGCCACUCCUAUUGCUCCAAGAAGUGGCACUAGCACUGAGAGUAUUACUUACAUCACUCCAAUAUGGGAGGGAGCUCUUGCUUCUCACACGAGGAGCGAUGACCUUGCCGUCCUUUCAACCAUGAAGACCCUACUGGGCCUCGGUGGAACUUAUACCAAGCUAGGCUGGUCUUUCUCGUCCUGGGCACUCAGUCGCGAUAUCCACGGCCCGGACAGUGAUUACUCCUUUGACCCGACCAACCUCAACCACAUGCUUGAUCUAGCCGUUUCUUCUGACCUGCCGAUUCUCGUCCACAUGAAUAAUGGGAGAUGGGCAGACUGCUGCACUCCGAAUUCAAGCGGGGGCUGGGGCGAUGUUCUGCUGGAUAUCAUUGCCGCACAGCCCAACACGACCGUAUUGAACAGCUCUGGUGGCUCGUUGUUUAGCCAUAAUGGGGGAAACAACUACUUCACUCUUUCGCGCCUGAAUACCGUCUAUCGCAACUACAAGAAACGCAAUAUCCAGGCUUCUACCGAAGCAAUUGUAGAAUGGGCGGCCGCACACCCAUCUCUCUUUGUGGGCGUCAGCCUCGACUCCGAAACGAUCAUGCCGAACAAUGGAGCAGACUAUAACCCACUCGCAACGGAAGAGUGGAGGCAGUGGCUCCAGAACAUUGGUAUCUACGGCCCAGGUGGAGCCUACUUCGGUCAAGGCCGCACCCCCGCGUUCUCGGGCAUCGAGUCCUUCAACAGUGCAAUGGGAACCACAUUCGCCUCCUGGAACGCCCUCCAGCCACCGCCCUCUAUCACGCCCGGCCAGACAUUCAGUGAAGAAUGGAAUCGUUGGCGUGUAACUCUCAUCAACCACGCCGUCGCUGAUGAGACCUUUUGGAUUGCUGAGGCUGGCGUCCCCCGCGCCCUCGUCUACGGCCAUCAAACUCCCCGCCUCGAUGACUACGGCUUUGCUGACGCCCUUGAAACCGCAACAGCCGCAAACGGCGCGAGCGGUGUCACGUACUACGCCUGGACUCCCAGUGAUAUUGGGCAGGUAGACAAUCCCCUACGAGGCACAGGCAAGAACAACUUCGGCGUUUUCGAAUUGAACCCGCUCACCACGGAUGCAACAAGGUCGUAUAAUACGCUACUCACUCUUGUAAACGACGGCAUUAAGGUCAUCUGCCCAAACUCGUGGGAAUCAGACCAGGCAACCAAAGACCAGUACGCCCUCUUCGGGUCACCGAACUGGGGCGACACAUUUGGACUUGCCCUUAACAAGUUCCUCGCCGACCGCGCCGAGAUCCCACGGAACAUCCAGCCACCGCCUUGGAAUCCAGGGAACCGCGUUGUCGAUUUCUACGACGCCUUCCCCGCUGCCACCAGCUCGGGGCCGGAUAACCAUCUAGAACCUGCUGGCUCUGUCGGAGGUGUCAUUCGGAAAUCAGUCUACUCUGCUGUUGGUGGAGUUAUCAGCUACUCCGUUGCUCUCCCCGCCGUUUCCGGAACACAACGCCUCAAUCUCUGGACCUCAGUCGGAAUCCGCGACGGCGCCGGCAACGGCGGUGAAUCCACCUUCCAAGUCACUAUCAAUGGCCAAAACCUCUUCGGCACUGGUCUCCGCCUCAACAAAAGCUUUUGGGUCUGGAAGCACUGGCUCCCCGCCAUGGUCGACGUCACUCCGUGGGCCGGCAGCACGGUAACAUUCGCUUUUACGACUACAGGUGAGAACUACUACGGCUGGACGACAUGGGGCGCACCUGCUAUCUACGCAUCUGCUACUGGCAAUGACCUCGCGGCAGGGAAGAGUGUGAGCGUCAGCUCGUCUGAUGGUGCUGGCGCGGGCUGGGACUCGGGGUUCCUCACGGACGGGAACGUGGAUGGUGACGUGCGAGGACGCAUUGGGUGGUCGUCUGUCUCACACGCUAGUGCUACUGGGAGCGAGUAUGCGAGUGUGGACUUGGGAUCUGAGAGGAGUAUCGGACGCGUGGUGCUAUUUGCGCGUUCUGACCUUGUGGAGGGUACGGGAUCGGGGUUUCCAGUUGAUUUCAAGAUUCAGGGGAGUGGAGAUGGGGCAGCAUGGAGGGAUUUGCUCGUGCAAACGGGGUUUCCAGCGCCGUUGGCUGGGGAGGGAUUGGUAUUUGCGUUUCCUAGUGCGAACGCGAGGUGGGUGAGAGUUGUGGCGAGUAAGUUGGGUGGGGUAGGGGGUGAGAAUUGGUAUAGGAUGCAGUUAGGGGAUUUCCAAGUUUACGCGUGA